AUGCCAGCUAACAGUUAUCGUCUUAAUUCAAGGGCAUCAUCAGCUACUUUAUCCCUCAGGCGACAACAGCAAGAAGCACCUCUAUUCAUAGAUGAUGCAAGUAUUGCACAAAAUUUGCUACGAGGCCAAGUGAUUCCUAUCAGACGAGCGUCCAUCAGAGCAUUUCCAUCAGAUCCCAAUAUUUCCUUAGGCUUAUAUGGAGAUGCUCCUUCCCACGCCGGCGAGUCUUCCAAUAUCGUGCAACAGCCUAGAACUCGACGUGGUCUUUGCAGUAGCAAUACCUGGACUUCUUCAAGUGGCGGUGACGGACCCGAUAAACAUGGUAACUGGCUAUCCCGAAAGAUCUUCAGACGGACAUCCUCAUCUCAGACCCCCGUUGUCAAGUCCAAGAAAGCAGAACGUCGAGAUCUCAAAAGAAUGCGCAGCAUUAGUGACUCCUUGCGAUUGAAGGGCAGACGAGACUCACUGAAAGAUAGAGAUUUGGUUGAACUUGUUCGUCUGUGUGGGUCAAGUCUAUUAUACCUUCCAGCCGAAUAUGCUCCGAGCAGCUUGACUUUACCAACUUGUAUCCGUGCUACAGCACAAUACUUGAUACAGCAUGCUCCUACAACCCGAGGUAUCUUUCGUAUACCGGGCUCCCAACACACAAUCGGCCUCAUUUAUGAACAUUACAGUUCCAAAGGUGACGAGGGACACAUUGCAGGAACAGUAAGAUGUCCGACUUUACCAGACCAUAUCGAUUGUGAUGUGCACGACGUUGCAUCUGCAUUCAAGAGAUUUCUCUCUGGACUACUCUGUAUGGUCGGUCGUGCAGCCGAAACGGCACGAAGGGAAGACGAUAAAGGCAGGCCUCUCCCUACUUCGGAUCUUAUGGGCUACAAACCGUUAGGAGUUUGUUUCGGUCCCCUCCUUGUCGGUGAUCUAAUGGACAACUACAAUAUCCGCUUAGCCAACGGCCAUGGUAGUUUGGUUCUCACUCCCGUGAGUCCACCAAAAACUAAGAAGGAGAGAAAGAAAUACAAAAGUGCAGAAGAGGGAGUCACUUUCAACAAUACAGUUGACAAAAUCAAGGUUGCGUGCGAAAUUAUGGAGAUGCUCAUCACACAUUGGCGUGAUAUAGUUCGUCAUAUGAAGAACCUAGACGCACUCACAGCUGUUAAUGGAUGCAAAAGUGCAGGUCUUCGCGGUAGAAAACCACCUAUGCUACGUCCUUCAAUGUCGGAAUCCUUCUCCUUGCGAAGACCUCCUGACUGGACUUAUGACAAACCCGACAGGAAUAUUGACAGGAGUCAAUCUCCGACACCUCCACAGCGUAAGCUUUCUCCUCGUUCAUGUCCAGUGCAUAUCGAUACAAUGAGUAACCGCGGGGAGAUUACGCAACAGCGAGCACUUGACGACUCCGCUCAUUCCUCGCAGCUAGAUUCCUUAUUAGUCACAAAGCAACGAUCACGUCAACGAUUGCUACCGGGAGAAGUUCUUAAGAAUACAAAAUCUACGAGUGCUCUUUCGGCGGCUUUGGUACAAGAGCAUCCUGAUGAAAACGACUUUGAGGAUAGUAAGCUCAGUUUCAUGCAAACUCCACAAAGUGGUGGACCACCUCCUUCUACAAGGAAUGGGAAAGGAAAUGAUCAAAAGAGCCCAGCUGCUGAACAUAAUAGUGGGCGUCAUGUCAAAUGUAUUGUUCGAAAUUUCGAAAGCGAAUCGACUGAAGCUGAGGUUCUGUUACCUGAUACGGAUUCCAAGGAUUUUGGCCAUGAUAAGACACCUAAAGCACAAUCGAUUAAACAAUCACCAGAUAGGGAAUCCAAGGAGACGAAGACGACCAGUUUAUCUGGUCUCUUGCAUGAUAACAAUCGAAACUCUAGGCAAGGCUCUUCGCCGACUUAUCGGAAUAACCCACCCAGCAGAGAUAAUCAUAUAAGAUUCGCGCCCAGUACAUCUCAUGCUCCGGAGAGCAAGGAUCCUCGGAGAUUUCCAGGUUUUACAAGUUCUGAACCCUCGAAGGGGAAUAGUCCUAUCGACCCAAUCUCUCGCGUUUCACAUGAGGAUGACUUGGCAUCUUUAGCUGUGCUAGGACAGGCUCUGGAAUCUCCUGACUUGUCAAUGAAAUCGGUAAAGUCGGCAGAAAAAUUCGAGAAGUCAACAAAACAUGAUUCUGGGGUAGACUUUCAUGAAAGAACGGAAGCUGAGAAACCCCAUACACCAAACUUUUCACGGCCUCAAGCACCUCGCAACAAUGUUUCCUACACACCAAAUUCUGCGACAAUACAUAAGCCCGACGGUCAUUCCAGUAGUAAAAGUAAUUUUUCACAAAAGACUGGUUCUGCUGCACCCCUCGUUACAACAUCAGUGGAGCCCAAAGUCACGCAAGCGAAAGGAAAACGUCCUCAUGAAACUGCUUCGCCAGCUACCUUGUCAAAAGUAGCUUCGAUUAGGGAAAUGUUCCGGAAGCGAAAAUCCGAGAGUCGGUCUUCAAAAUCAAGUGAAGAUCAUCACAAGAGUGAGCCUUCUAGGUCAGUCAUAGAGCAUCAUGCAGAACCCCGUUCACGGAAGAUUCCCACUCCCGAGCCCACUAGUACGCCCAAGAAGGUCAGCGUAAGGGCCAUAGCAGAAAAAUUCGACACAGUAAAGGCAACACCUCCUCCGCCGGUAUCACCAACUCCAGCUAAAUCUGCUCGACCGGCAGCUACAACGUCUGUGGACAAUCGACGAGGCGGUGGUGUUGUUUCACCUUAUACUAUCAAUCCGCCAUCAUCACCAUCAAGAUCUAUUGCAUCCAUUAAAUCUGGAAAGUCUAUUCGGUCUUUCCGCAAUGUCGGUUUAGCCCAACGAUUUCAGCAAACUCAAGAACAAUCAUCGCCUACCAAAAUACCAGCUCCAAAGAGAAUUUUGAGAGAUUUCGUACCAGAAUCUACCUCACCUAAAGCUAUAAUUGAGGAUUCUCAUGAGGAUUCUGUAUCUUCAUUGAAAUUACCACUUUCUACUUUCAACUCGCUUUCUGUUCCACUUAAGCCAGUAGGGAAUCAACCAUCUAUGAAGAUUCGAACAGCUGGAAUGGAUGGUGCAUAUAGUAGUAUUGGUAGCUCAGAAACUUUGGCUCUAAUGUCAUCCGAGUUUGAAGCUGCACAUAAAUUUCUACAUUCGCAAUCACUACUUGCUCAUGAUGCAACGCUUUCAAAGAAUACUUUGAGUCGCGGGAAUACAGUCUUACACUCGCAAAUACGCAGUCUUCAACAACAGUUAAGUGAGAAGACUGAACAAGUACGGCAUUUACAACGGAUGGUUGAAAUGAGGUCAAGCUCUGAUACUGAGCAUAUUAGUCUGGCGGAGCAACUGAGAGAAGCAAGGGAGGAAGUAGAGACGUGGAGAAGAAGGGCCGAAGGAGCAGAGAGAAAAUUGGAGUUGAUGGAAAUUAUCGGUACUAGAAACAAUACAAGGAUGGAAGAGCAGCGGGGACUGAGUUACCAGACUAGAGGUGUUCAAGCUGGGGAUGUUAUUGGUAUGCAUGGACGGGGAUAUAGUGUUGAUGGCGGCAUGACGAGAAUGAUUUCAAAAAGGAGGAUGGUUGAUACGACGAGCUCAGAGGAUAGUACUGAAAGUAAUGGUACUGUUGUUAGAGAGAUGAUUAGAAGGGAUGAGAAUAGGGGUGAGAUUGAUAUGGAGAUUGUUUCUGAUCAGGCUGGACAUAAUAAUUGGGCAAGUCAGACACUUUCUAUCAUGGAUGGUCUAAAGAGUUGGGAGAAUUGA